AUGAACUUUGACUGUCUUUAUUAUAUUAAUCCGGUUGUUAAUCUGUAUAUCCGUCUUCUCUUCUGUCUCGAGGCUUUCUUUAAUUUAAGGUUUGGGGAUAAAUUUAGAAUCACUACCCCAUUAAUCUCCAAAAGCACAACAUCCCAACCAGAACAAGUACAGAAGAAGCUACAACUAAACGCACACCACCAAACACACAAACCCCACCAAAAAUCCCAUUUCUCCUUGGCUCUUAAAGAAGCCAAUUCCAUAGCCAGCAUAGCUUUUCCCAUGAUACUCACUGGCCUUUUACUUUACUCCAGGUCAAUGAUCUCCAUGCUCUUCCUCGGCCGUCUCGGCGAGCUCGCUUUAGCCGGCGGGUCCCUCGCCGUCGGCUUUGCUAACAUCACCGGUUACUCGAUUCUCUCUGGCCUUGCCAUGGGAAUGGAACCCAUUUGUGGUCAAGCUUUUGGUGCCAAAAGGCAUACUCUGCUUGGCCUCUCUUUGCAGAGAACAGUACUUCUUCUGAUAUUUACAUCCUUACCCAUUUCUCUUCUGUGGCUAAACAUGAAGAAACUCCUCCUCCUUUGUGGCCAAGAUGAAGCAAUUGCCUCUGAAGCUCAACUUUACCUCCUCUGUUCUCUCCCUGACCUUCUUGCUCAGUGUUUACUGCACCCUUUGAGAAUUUACCUCAGAACUCAAUCUAUUACCCUGCCUCUAACAUUUUGUGCCACUCUAGCAAUCAUCCUUCACAUUCCCAUCAAUUACUUUCUUGUCUCGUACCUCAAUUUAGGCAUCAGAGGUGUGGCUCUAAGUGGGGUUUGGUCUAACUUCAAUCUUGUAGCUUCUUUAAUCAUCUACAUCAUUAUCUCUGGGGUCCACAAGAAAACCUGGGGAGGGAUUUCAAUGGACUGCUUCAGGGAAUGGAGGACUCUUCUCAAUUUGGCAGUGCCAAGCUGCAUUUCUGUGUGCCUAGAAUGGUGGUGGUAUGAGAUCAUGAUUUUGCUCUGUGGUUUGCUGUUAAACCCAAGAGCCACUGUUGCUUCAAUGGGCAUUUUGAUCCAAACCACUUCUCUGAUCUACAUAUUCCCCUCGUCCCUAAGCUUCAGUGUGUCCACAAGGGUUGGCAACGAAAUAGGCGCAAACCAACCGAAAAAAGCAAAGAUUGCAGCCAUUGUAGGCCUGUGUUGCAGCUUCAUACUAGGCCUUGUAGCUCUGAUCUUUGCAGUCGUGGUGAGGAACAUUUGGGCAAGCAUGUUCACACAGGACAAGGAGAUAAUAAAAUUAACAUCAAUGGUUUUGCCUAUAAUUGGUCUCUGUGAGCUUGGAAAUUGCCCACAAACAACAGGCUGUGGAGUUCUGAGAGGCACAGCGAGGCCUAAAGUUGGAGCAAACAUAAACUUGGGGUGCUUUUACCUAGUGGGAAUGCCAGUGGCUGUGGGGUUGGGUUUCGUUCUUGAGUUGGAUUUUCAGGGGCUGUGGCUAGGCCUGUUGGCUGCACAGGGAUGCUGUGCUCUGACCAUGCUGGUGGUUUUAGGUGUUACAGAUUGGGAGUUUGAAGCUCAGAAAGCCAAACAGCUGACCGGGGCUGAGGAGGUGGUUGAUGACAGCGAAGAGGUUGAGGAAGACAAGCCAAGGAAAGCUAAAAUCAAGGAAGAUUGUUUAGAUUACGCUAAUAAUAAUAAUAAUAAUAAUAACUCACAUGUUUAGUUUAGUUUUUAAUCACCUUUUUUUUGUCUUUGAUUUUUUUGUUUCUUUGGGUUUUGUCCUAAGCUGUAUAGUAGUGGGUGGGUGCAAUGUGCAUGUAGACGAAGAAGAGUUAGUUUUGUUCUUUUUUGGAUUUGGGAGGAUAUUUCUAUUGGCAGGACUGUCUUUCCAGGAGUUUUUUUUUGACACUUCCACUGAAAUUCAACUGCAAAAUCUGUUGUACACUGCUGAAUUUCAGAGGAAGUAGCCAAAUUACAACUUGGUCAGGAACAGACAAUCCCAACCCUCUCUCUGUAUUUUGUACUCGGAUACAAAGAUAAAUCGAAACAAGAUUUAUUAA